CAACACUUGACCCAGAGGCUUGCCACCCGUCAUCCAAACACGUGUUGCCGGCUGUUUCGCGCUGGAAAAUAAAUAAACGUUGCUUUCUUGGUUUUUACCCAUAAUUUAGCUGAAACAUAUAUAUAAAUGGGGCGUAAUAAGAAAGGAAAUCCCUUUGCGGCGAGAAAAAGGCAAAAGCGCGAAAAUGGACCCGAGAGGCCUGAUCGUCGUGCCCUGCCCUAUGAGGAGAUCAAGCGUGAUAAUGCAUUCUUCAUCAAGUACUACCACCUGCAAAAAAUCUGCGCCACCGAGGAGGAGUGGUCCCAGUUCCUGGAGUCCAUUCGCGACAAUCUGCCGACCACUUUCCGGGUGACUGGCUUCAGGGAGGAGGCGAAAGCCCUGCUUUCCAUCAUUGAGACGACAUUGUUCACGGAGUAUGUGCGGGCGGUGGCUGAGCUGCAUCAGAAACAGCCGGAGGAGGUGGAGCGCCCGCUGUGCCUGCCCUGGUAUCCGAACGGAUUGGCCUACCAGCUGCAUCUCACCCGCAAGGACAUCCGACGCUCAGAGCCGCUCUAUCGGCUGCAUAACUUCCUGAUAGUUGAGACAACGGCCGGUGGUAUUAGCCGGCAGGAGGCCGUUUCCAUGAUUCCGCCCAUUGUUCUGGACGUUAAGCCCACGGACAAGGUGCUGGACAUGUGCGCGGCGCCAGGAUCGAAGACGGCUCAGCUUAUCGAGGCCCUGCACGCCGCUCCCGAGGAGCACAAGAUCCCGCCCGGCUUCGUGCUGGCCAACGACGUGGACAACAAUCGCUGCUACAUGCUGGUCCACCAGGCCAAGCGGCUCAACUCCCCGUGCCUUCUGGUCACGAAUCACGACAGCAGCGUCUUCCCCAACCUUCUGGUCACUAAUCCGGACAACUCCAAGGCCAUCCUCAAGUUCGACAAGAUCCUGUGCGAUGUCCCGUGUUCCGGGGAUGGAACGCUCCGCAAGAAUCCCGAUAUUUGGCUGAAAUGGAAUCUGGCCCAGGCCUACAACCUUCAUGGUAUCCAGUACCGGAUUGUGCGACGUGGCGCUGAGAUGCUGGAGGUCGGUGGACGUCUCGUGUACUCCACCUGCUCGCUGAAUCCCAUCGAGAACGAGGCGGUGCUGCAGCGCAUCCUCAAGGAUGCGGACGGUGCCCUGGAGCUAGUGGAUGCCGGGCACUUGGUGCCGGGCCUAAAGUACAAGCCGGGUAUGACCAACUGGAAGCUGGCUACCAAGGAGGUGGACCAAAUCUUCGAGAGCUUCGACGAGGUGCCGGAGAGCCUGCACACCAUUAUCCGGCCGGGCAUGUUCCCGCUGCCCGCCGACGAGAUGGCCAAGAUUGGCCUCGAGAAGUGCAUCCGGGUACUGCCGCACCUCCAGGACAGUGGCGGCUUCUUCGUCGCAGUUCUUGAGAAGCGACGCCAACUGAACUUCGAGAAGAACGAUGUCGUUGAGCUGGUCGAGCAGAACGAGAAGGCCAAGCAACCGGUGGAGACGGAACCCAAGCUGGACGACCGUGGCAACCCGAUCGAGGAUAAGGCCGUGCCGUGGGGUCCGCAGCGGAAGCGAAGGCGCCUCCACGGCUACAAGGAGGAUCCGUACGUAUUCUUUGGCGAGAACGAUCCGGACUACGAGGCCAUCAAGGAGUUCUAUCAGCUGGACGGCUCCCUCAAUCAGCGCUGCCUCCUGACGCGCUGCAUCACCGACAAGAAGAAGAACAUCUACUACUGCUCCGAGCCCAUCCGGGAUCUAGUGCUCAACAACGAGCACAACAUCAAGAUCAUCAACACGGGAGUGAAGACAUUCGUGCGCUGCGAGAACCGGCACACGGUUCAUCCGUACCGGCUGGCCCAGGAGGGUCUGCAGACCUCCAACGCCUUCAUGGGCGAGAGCAGAAGAAUCCGGAUCGAGCGGGAUGACCUGGUGAUGCUGCUCAACUGCACCGAUCCCACCAAGCCGCCCUCAACGCUGGAACUGAAUCCGGAGACGCAGCAGCGCUGCAAGGAGUUGGGAGUCGGUAGCUGCAUCCUGAAGUAUGUGGACGAAAGAUUCACACUGUUCGUGGUGGGAUGGCGCGGCACCUCCAGCCUGCGGGCCUACGUCCACAAGGACGAGACCAUUCACAUCCUGCGCCUGCUGGGCGCCGAUCUUAGCAAAUUCGAGACGAACAAGUACGAGGAGGCGAGAGCCGCUGCUGCUGCCGCGGCGGAAGCUGCCAAGGAAGGUGACGAGGGCGAUGCUGGCCCAGAAUCCGGAUCAGAAUCGGCGGAAGAAUCGGCGGGAGGUGAAGCGAAAACAUCAGAAAAUGGAGCUAAAGACACGCCCAUGGAGAGUUAGUUUAAAAAGUGGAACUUCCCAGCACACACCCUAGGAUUUAAGCUGAUUUUUUAUAGAACGAAUCAAAAAAUAUAUAAAAAGUUGCUAAGCAUAGUUCAUAUGCUAUAAAAUA